AUGCCGCCCCAAAACAAGAAACGUCCGCUCUCGAGCCUGACCUCGCGUAUCUCCCCUCCUCCCGUCGCCGCCGCCGCCGCCGCCUCCUCCUCCUCCAGUGUCACUGUGAUCACAACGAGUACGAAGAAAGCUAAGAUCAAAUCGACAACGACCAAAAGCGCCAUGGUCAACUUCUUCAAGCCGGCCAGCCAGAAGACGCCCCCGCCGACCACCUGGCGUGUCGUCGGCGGGACGCUGCUGGUCGGGCGGUACCGUUCGCCCGGCGCCACGGAGGUGGCGGUGGAGCGGGGGAGAGAGGGGCCGCGGAAGGUCGCCGGAUUUGAUCUGGACGGCACACUAAUCAGAACUCUCUCGGGCAGCGUCCACGCGCGGACCGCGAGUGACUGGACCUUCUGGUCACCACUGAUCCCGGCGCGGCUUGCUGCACUAUACCAGUCCGGCUACGACAUAGCGAUCUUCAGCAACCAAGCCGGUCUCAAAGCGCCACGGAAAGACACUGUGACGCUGCACAAAUUCAAGCGCAAGGUCGCUGCGGUCCUGGCGGGGCUGGACCUGCCUAUUGUCACGGUGUAUGCCGCGACGGAGAAGGACGGGUAUAGAAAGCCGGAGAAGGGGAUGUGGGAUGUGGUAGUAAAGGAGCUGCAGGGAGAGGUGGAUAUGAACGCCUCGUGGUUGGUUGGUGAUGCCGCCGGCAGGAAGGGCGACUUUUCGGAUUCGGAUAGGAAGUGGGCACAGGGCGUGGGGAUUGGGUUUUUUACGCCCGAGGAGUUCUUUUUGGGAAAGGAGAAGGACGAGAAAAUUGCGGAUGCGGGGGCGUCGAGUUGCGACGAGGACGAGGGCGAGGAUGAGGAUGAGGAACUUGCCGAAGAGGUAGACGAAAAAGUCGGCGGGAAUGACGACGAAAAGAAAGAGGAUGCUGCAGCUUCCGGCGGUGAUAAAUGA